AUGACAAAUAUAGUCAAAGACUCAAAAGAAGUAAAGCCAGAGGAUAAACCCGUUGAGAUACAAGAUGAUGAUGGUUGGGAACAUCAUUUUGAUGACAAAACUGAACGAUUCUUUUUCUACAAUAAACUCACAAAAGUCAAACAAUGGUUAAAUCCAAGGGUCCCUAAAGAUGAUGAAUGUAAUAAAGAUUUACCAAAAUUUGAUCCACCCAAGCUACCUUUUGAAGAUGAAACGUUAUACGAGCAAAAACUUCGAGAAUUGAAGGAAGAUCCAGACUUCAAGGAACUAUCAACAUUUGAAAAGUACAAACAUGUCGAAGCCCUUAAAAAAACAUUGGAGGAACAAGAUCUGUCUGUUAACCCAACAACGCUAACUUCAAGUGAACUUCAAGAAAACUUGAAGGAUAUUAAACCAUUCAGAGAGGAUACAAAUUUUACAGAUUAUGGCUCAAAAAGUUUUUAUGCACAAGAAUUGAAUCAUUCUAUAAGGUCUAUAAACAAUGAUCAAAGCAAAAAACCAACAAACAAAGUCUCCAAGAAGCAGAUUAAAACAUUCAAUGAACGUAAAAAGCAACAACGGGAUGCAAAAUUGAAAAAAUGGUUGACAGAAGAUUAA